ACCAGUAAACGAAACCUUUUUGAUAGGAAAUGUGACUAAUGAAUGGAUUCCCAUAACCACGACUGAUAGUUGGGUACUGCUUCCCAGUGUUACUACUACGUCAGAUCAACAGAAAAACGAAUCUACCUCUAGUACUAGCUCAAUAGAACCUGUGUCUACAUCAGAAUCAACAUCUAGUCCAGGUUUAGUAGAAGUACCAGUUCCAACAACCAUCAAGGAACCUAUAUCGCCAACCACAGAAGAGUAUGUCGUGUCUUUGACAACAACAGCUGCUCCAAAUGUCACUGAUAUAGUAAAUGUCAGUGGUACUGAGAGUUCAACGUCAACGAGUACUGGUAUCAUGACGUCUACUACAGAAGAAGUUACGAAAAAGCCAGUGAAUAUGAGCGAUUUUACAGAUGUAUGCGGUAGGAGAAUGUGGCCAGAGGCCAGGAUAGUCGGAGGAGAAAAGUCCAGCUUUGGAAAAUGGCCUUGGCAGAUAUCCCUCAGACAAUGGAGAACCUCCACGUACCUACACAAGUGCGGUGCAGCUUUGCUGAACGAGAAUUGGGCUAUAACAGCUGCCCAUUGCGUUGACAACGUACCUCCAAGUGACCUUCUACUUCGACUGGGAGAACACGAUCUCUCCACCGAAGGAGAACCCUACCUUCAUGAAGAAAGAAGAGUCCAGAUAGUAGCCUCUCAUCCAAACUUCGACCCUAGGACGUUCGAGUACGACUUGGCAUUGCUCAGGUUCUACGAACCAGUUCAGUUUCAACCUAACAUCAUUCCAAUCUGUGUUCCUACCGAAGACGAGAACUUUGUUGGAAGAACUGCUUAUGUAACUGGAUGGGGAAGAUUGUAUGAAGAUGGACCUCUACCGAGCGUUCUGCAAGAAGUGUCCGUACCAGUGAUCAACAAUUCAGUCUGCGAAACAAUGUACCGAUCUGCAGGGUACAUUGAGCACAUCCCCAACAUAUUUAUAUGCGCAGGAUGGAGAAAAGGUGGUUUUGACUCAUGCGAGGGUGAUUCAGGAGGACCAAUGGUCAUACAAAGAGAGGACAAAAGGUUUCUUUUAGCCGGCAUCAUAUCUUGGGGUAUAGGCUGUGCAGAACCGAACCAACCGGGAGUCUACACUAGGAUCAGCGAGUUUAGAGUGUGGAUCAAUAAAAUUCUACAGUUCUAGAACCAAACGAAAAAAAAACAACGAACCAAACGACAAAUACAAAGCGCGAGUGUUUUUAUAAACAUUAAAAAACGUACUUUUUGUGAUAAAACAAGAUUUUCUCAAAGAAAAAAAAUGACAUUUAAUAAGUGAACUAAGUAUCGAAUUAUUGUACAGUAUUUUUCUACGACUUAGAGUUAAGAAACAAACAAAAAAACAGAAAUUUUGAUAUUAUAUUUAUUUAUUUUAAUAUUAUGCACAAAAUACCUUUUAUCACCUAAUAUUUAUUAAAUAUAUAGUAGAUAUAUUUUUUUCUUUAUUUAACAGCAUUAAGAAGAAAAUAGCUCAUUUUUCUUGCUCCAUAUCACAUUUUAUAUUCCCAUAGUAUAUUAAGUAAAAAAAAAUACAAAUAACUUUAAUAUAUAGACUGAAGAAUAUAUAUGUUAUUCAAAAAAAGUUUUAAAUAUAUGUUUUUUACGUUAAUUGUACAUAGUAAAUUAUUGGUGCCUGUAACUACAGUUUUUUAUGUAG